UGUUUUUCAAUAAUUAUGUCAUAGCAUGUUAUGUUUGUGAGUGAAUAAAAUUCCAAAAUUUCGUUCUUUUCGACAUGAUUUAAUUUAUUUUCACAUUGAACAAAUAAAACAGAAAAUUUCUAACGGGUGACAACAUUUCCAACAAUGUUAUUUACAAAAGGACUGGCCUUCAAGACUCGCUUGUUGUUUUCACAAACGGCAAGAUUUUUAAAUUCCAAUUUAAUGCCAAACUUCUCCCAAUUUAGUAUUGAACCAAAAUUUAAUGACGCCGAACAAGAAAAAAUUUUAAAUAUCCUCAACGAAUCUAAUAAAGAUCAACUACAAUGUUUGAACGUUGCACAAACUAAUAUAAAAAGAUUAGAAAAUUACAAAAAGAGAAACGGACCGUUUAAGUCACUCAAUGAAUUGUUGGAAGUGGACGGCUUGAGUGUUAAAAUGCUGGAAAAAAUGUGCAAACAAUUAAUUUCAGAUUCCACUAAUUCAAACGUGAAGACAACUAAUGAGAAUAAAAAAAUGAGGCAAAUUUUAACACCCCAACUACCGGCGUCCACUCAUGUGUCAACGGCAGUAGGUAUACAUUUAGCACCAAUGGGUGUAAGUUGGGCUAAAUUAUCAGGAAAUCAGCUUGAGUCUUGGGGCUAUGAAGACUUUACGAAUCUUCCUAAAAAGAUGUUUUCUACUGACACUUUUAAACUGGCUUUGGGUAUUUUGAACCAAAUCCCAACAGGCGAUGCUUACAUUUUUGAAGGAACUUCAAGCAUGGGGUUACAGGGUCAAAAACAAUCCUCAGCAGUGCCUCCUUACACUCAACAAUUAGAGUUGUGCUCCAUGUUAUUGGCACUUAUCAACACCAGCUCCAGUCAUAACACAGUUUCACAAGAUGCUGAUUCGGAUGCAGAUAUAACAAAUUGUGUAUAUUUUUUAAGGUCAAAGUUGCCUGCCCGAAUGUUUAAAACUUUGGUUGGCAAUGAAUGUGUUUCUUGCACCUCGGUAAUACUCCAUUUAUUGGGUGAUUCUCCCGAUGGUGUGAUGCUACCUUGUUCUUCGAUUACUUUUGAAGAAAAGUUGAAGAGUGAUUAUUUGGGGAAGUCGCCAGCUCACAAAGAGCUUCUAGGCCAGGCUCUAAUGCUAGUGAUUGCUUUUAUGGAUCUUUGUGUUCGAAAAAACCCAGUUAGUAUCAAAGCUAUUGCGCCUAAUAGAAAAUGAAGUGUAAAUUAUGUAAAUAAAUAAAAAAAUUAGAAAAAAUA